UCAAAGGACUGUUCCCCUUUUUCAGUGUUCAACAUGGACGACCUGAUAUUUUCAAUCAACAAGAUCCAGGACCAGUUGAAGUGCUUGAGUAAAAAGCUGGUGGAUUUGCCUCAAAUUGUGGUGGUGGGCAGCCAGAGCUCGGGAAAGAGCUCCGUGUUGGAGUCACUCGUGCGUCGCUCCUUCCUACCUCGCGGCACGGGCAUGGUCACCAGGUGCCCGCUGAUCUUACGCCUCGUCAACUGCCCCAGGGGUGAUAAAUUGCGUGAGAAUAGAGGUGUUUUCUCAGACGAAUGGGGCGAAUUUGACGAGGAAGAAACAACAUUCAAAAUUGAUGAAAUUAAAAGCGAAAUUGAAAGAAGAACAGCAGUUCUUGCAGGUGAGAAGAAAAAUAUCUCUUCUAAACCGAUAGUCCUGAAGAUAUUCUCUCCUAACGUCCUGACGCUGACCCUUGUGGAUUUGCCUGGCAUCACAAAGGUAGCUGUUGAUGACCAGCCUGAGGACAUAGAGAAUCAGAUUGUCGAACUUAUCUAUAAAUUCAUAAAAAAUCCCAAAAGCAUCAUUUUGGCUGUAGUAACAGCUAAUACAGACAUGGCCACUCACGAGUGUCUCAAAAUGGCGAGGGAUGUGGAUCCCGAAGGUGAACGCACUUUAGCUGUUCUGACGAAACUUGAUUUAAUGGAUAAAGGUACAAAUGCUACAGAUAUUUUGACGGGGAGGUGCAUUCCUGUUAAACUUGGCAUCAUUGGAGUAGUCAAUAGGUCUCAAAAGGAUAUAGAGGACAGAAAGAGUAUUAAAGAUGCUAUUUAUGAUGAAGAGGAUUUCCUGCAGGAAACAUACCCAUCACUGGCUCACAUAAAUGGGACUGCAUAUCUGGCAAAAAGAUUACAAACUUUACUUAUUAAUCACAUCAACACCUGUCUUCCUGAUAUAAGAGCUUCCUUAGAACAACGGCUUAAGGAGUGCAAAGAUACACUUAAAAAGUAUGGAGAAAGAAUAGACAAUAGCACAUGUUUCCAUUAUUUAAUAAGCGCUGUUGUCCAGUUGUACAAAGAGAAGAUGAAAGGAGAAUGUGUAGAUACGGAAUCUACAUCCAUGCUUCUGAAAGGGGAGGCAAAAAUUGGCGAUCUUUUUGAAGAAUGUGAAAAGUCGCUGGAGUCUUUGAAGCCUUGGGAAAAAUAUUGGCAUGAUCGAGUUCUCUUAACCAUCAAGCAGACCAGUGGACCGGAGAAACCUCUGUUUAUUACGUCUGAUUCGGCAUUUAAGGUGCUGAUGAAACCACUCAUAAGCACUGUGCGAGAACCAUCAGAGAAAUGUGUCACUCAGGUCGCAACUGAAAUGUAUGCCAUUUUCACUGAGAGCAUUAAGGAACAUUUUGAUGAGCAUUACUCUAAUCGAUUUCCCUUGGCAUUGAAAGAAAUCUCAGAGUUGGUGGGCCAAAUUAUAGUAAACCUUACCAAUAAAACUAUGAACCACAUUAAUGAAGCGAUCGCCAUUGAAGAAGGGCAUAUAACUCACAGACAUUUACGUGGCACCGUAGGGAAUUUCGAGCUUCUAUGGAAACGAGACGAAGACUUUGCGAAAUUGAAUCCAUUUCCAAAGGGAGACAUUAAUGUUGGACUAACUUGCAGUAUGUCUGAAAGAAAGGAAGUCAGACGAGUUGGGUAUAUGUUGCAAGUGUAUUACAAGGCAGUUGCGAAUAGAAUUGCUGACACGGUGGCAAAAGCGACAAUGACUUACAUGGUGCAUGGACUUCAUAAGGAUAUGCAGCCGCAACUUGCAUCUCAACUGGGAGGCAGAGUGAAAGAACUAUUGAGAGAGGACGAAACUACUGCCGUGAAGAGAAGCCAGAAGGAGAAGGAAUUAAUAGCUAUACAAAACUCACUGCAAGAACUGGAUGCAUUGAACUUGGAAGUGUCAAAGAAGAUCGACUCGUAUUAGUGGUAGAUACGCACACAGUUAAUCGAAGAUAAAAGAGAUUGUUCUUGUUUUCGUAAGUCGAAUAAACUGCAUAUAAAACGUA